AUGUUUGCUCGGGGUGCCAGUUCAAAGAACGCUUCUGAGGCUGUGCCUGUGUCUGAGCAUGUAUCUCAAGCUGAGAAUGGUCAUCUCCCGCCAAAUACUACAGUGCACCUGCACCCACAGCAGCUACGUUCCGACAGCCUUCGACACCCUGCACACCCCUUUGCGCGCAUCCAAUUGACCGUUGAGCCCGAUAGCUUCGUGCUCCAACCCUAUCAUGGACCUGUGACUGAAGACGACCCGACAGCCAGCCACCAUGGCACCCCUACGCCUUCAAACCUCGUCCAGGUCCAUUUCCGACGGUCCGGCACUGAUACCAAGAAUGAGGAAAGCGCAGACGUGUCAACAAACAGCAAACUCAAGGAAGAGACAGUUGACAACAGUUCAAAAGGCCCAUUGCCCUCGCUUCUCGGGCCAACUGAAGGGCAGCAGGGACGUGUGUCCUAUCUCAAUCCAGGGUCAUAUACUCGGUCGGAGGAUGCAAGGGAUUACAUUAUCUAUGGAUGCAUUGGGCUACUCGAUCUCUAUACAGGUCCCCACUUCAUUGUCAUCACCUCUGUCAAACCAUUGGGAAAUAUCGAGGACAAACCUGUUUAUGCGAUCAACAAGGUCGCCGUCUUGCCCAUGGUUGCUAGCGAAGCGUGUCGAGUUCUGGACAAGCUCGCGCAAUAUAUCGACCCAUCCACAGGAUCUGUCGUCCAUACUCAACAAGCGUCUGAUCAGCAGAGCAACAUCCAGGAACCAGCCGCAAAGGAAGAGGCCGUCGAGGAAAUAACAGCGCCUGUACCAGUAGCAAAACCACCAAAGAUCAAAUUCGCCUUCUUGAGUCUCGGACAAGAUAAAGACGUGCAAAAGUCGACGUCGGCUUCAGACCUGCCCUCACCUGCUAGUCCACUGGGCUCGAAACGGGUAUCGUUCGACAUCCCACGAUUGGGCUCGCGAAACAAAAGCAGCACAGACCUACCGACAUUUCCAGGCGCAAGUGCCGAUACCAGCGAUACUAAAGGGUUUUACGCAACUUCUCAGUCCUCUUCGCCAAAAGUGCGGUCUUCUCAACCAGGGUUCUUCGCGAAGCUGAGAGAUAACGUACUGGAGAAGCAGCCUCGCAAGAGCGUGGACGGCACCGUACCACCAACUCUAGCGACAGACAGCAAAGCUACUCUGACCAAAAACACCGAUCUUGUCAACAACUCAAGCAUAAAACCGACUGGAUUAAGUCAGGAAGAUUCACUGAUUACAGCUGCGACGAUCUCUGAAGGCGCAACAGAUGAGGCUGAUCCCGAAAAGAAUACCGCUCGUUCACCUCUACCUCCAGGAUUGCCCUCAGCAUACGAGGCAGCGGAAAAAUUCGUGGUCCAGUCGACGAAGCAGAUUGUCAGCUGGAGCGAGGAAGCCGUUUCUGGAGUUCUCAAGUCGUCCAUGUCAUCUGCUCCUGCGAAACCAGUAACCGUAUUCGAGGACCAAGAGGAAGGCGAGCAAGCCCAUGUAGCCCGUGAUACGGGUACGGACCAACGAGCACUCGAAGAGGAGCAGGAGAAGGAGCGUAUCUUGGACCGCCGUGUCAUUCGUGAGAUUUCGUCCAUCUUCGGGACAGGAUUUUAUUUUUCAAACGAGUUCAAUUUGUUGUCAUCGAAGCAGAAGAGAUCGGAUUAUGCUGAAGAGAACAAGGGCGAUGUACCUUUGUGGCAGCAGGUAGAUAGGAGCUUCUGGUGGAAUGAGCAUCUUCUCCAAGACUUUUUGGAUAUCAAGGCUGAUGGGUAUAUUCUGCCAGUGAUGCAGGGUUAUGUUGAGAUUGAGCCAUGCGAGAUCGAGGAGCAGCCCUUCGAGUUCACGCUGAUUUCCAGAAGAAGUCGCGAGCGGUCCGGCCUGCGAUACCAGCGCAGGGGAAUCGACGAGAAUGGCAAUGCGGCCAACUUUGUUGAAACCGAGCAGCUCUUGCGGAUCGUGCGCAAUGACAGCGACCAUCAAGUGUCGUUUGUACAGACUCGAGGAUCAAUUCCACUCUUCUGGUCUCAAUCGCCUUAUCGGCUCAAGCCAAUCCCGAUCAUGGAGAGGUCUGAACAGGAAAACAAAGUGGGGUUCAAAAAGCAUGUUGAUAGUUUGCUGAGUCAGUACGGACGGCAAAUCUUUAUCAAUCUAGUGGAGCAGCAUGGACGCGAGCUGAUCGCUGGAUCUGCGUACACACACUAUGUCAAAAAGCUCGCCGAGCCUCAAAUCAGAUAUGUGGAAUUCGACUUUCAUGAGCAGUGCAAAGGCAUGAAGUACGAGAACAUUGACCAGCUAAUUCAGAGCCUAGAGGGCCCUAUUCUCGAACUCGGCUACUGUUGGCUGACUCCCAAGAACGACAACGCGGCGGGUGAAGAUAAUGGAUCCUCUGAGUGCCUCUCCCGCCAGAAGGGUGUGAUCCGGACCAACUGCAUGGACUGCCUCGACAGGACCAACGUCGUCCAGAGUGCGAUUGGUCGCUACAUUCUCAAUCAUCAGCUUUUGCGACUCGGCAUUGCUUCGUUCCCGGACAAGGGUCUGUCGGUCUAUGAGGACUUUGAGAACGUGUUUAAUAACGUCUGGGCGAACAAUGGGGAUGCGAUCAGUCGAGAGUAUGCGGGCACGAGCGCCUUGAAGGGCGACUUUACGAGGACGGGGAAACGCAACCUGCAGGGGAUGAUUAACGACGCGACGAACUCUAUGGCGCGGAUGUAUCAGAAUACUUUCAAGGAUUAUUUCCGUCAAGCGGCGAUUGAUUACUUGCUGGGCGCGGCAGAUGUAGACGUGUUCAAGAGCCUACAAACGACCACGUUUGGCACGGCGAUUGUCCCGUCACCGAUUCUUCCUCCACCAGCUGCAAUUUCUGAGCUAGUGGCUUCUGAAGCAUUGUCGUCUGCUAGUACAGCUGAGAGUGCUGCCGCAGUUGCCGCUGCUCAGCAUGGGGAUGCUGGAGUACUGCUUCCGUCAUUGAUGCCGCAAUCAUCAUCGUUGGUGGACACAGAGUCAUCUGCUUCCGUCAAGGCUAUACCGCAAUCACCCGAGGAAACGGCCCUUCAGCAGGAAACCUGGGUCAAGAUCCGAGAGGCGGCGAUCGAGACAUCGGCCGAGAUUGUGAUCUCGCCUGGCGAGGAGCGCUGGAAGGGAUGGACGUUUAUCUGCUGUUCUAACGAGAUCAGCAGCUCGCUUGCGUCUGCAUCGUCACCGCAAUCGUCACCCCAACACAUUCCUUCCGCAAAACGAAAGAAAUCGUCCAAGAAGAACGCCCUUAUCUUCGAUGCGCCAACUUCGGCCAUAAGUAACGUGAAGGAUGAGAAGACGAGGGCAUCGGUCUUUUAUGACGAAAAGGUGAUUCUUUUAACGGAGAGAGCGCUCUAUAUCUGCACGUACGAUUAUGAGAUGGAGAAGGUGGUGGAGUUCUGGCGGUUGGCACUCGAGAAGAUGACGGGGAUCGAUAAGGGCGCGUACUUCUUGACGGCGCAGGACACUUCCCGCCAAGGUCAGGAUCCGCUCGAGAACUAUGGGUUCGCGGUUGAGUACAGGGCGAGUGCAGGAGGAGAAACGCUCAGGGUAAACAUUGGUAGUGUGCGCAAUCGCAGGAUAAUGGGAGUUGAUCGGACGCCACUGGUUCGAGUCGCGGAGACGGAAGAGGAGGAUGCCGUAGCCGCUGAUGGCCAAUCAACGCUCCAGGGAUCCGAGGACGCUGAGGCAGAUACCCAUGACGAUAGUCGCUUAGUAAAAAGCCUCUCGAAAGAUGAGCCUAUGGAGAUCCGAUCGGUGCGGUUCAAGGUCGUCAAGCAUCCGGAGACAUCAAUCAUGCCCUACGUCACGUCGUCCGGGACGGAAUCUGGGUUGAGCAAGGCGAAUCCGUCCGGGUACAAGCGGACUGCACAGGAUUGUGUCGAGUGGGUGGUCACGGAGAUUGUUCAGGCUCGGUGUGAACUAAUUUCCACUGCAGAGAGGGGUCGAGCGAAUACUAGACCUAGCGAGCAGUCGCCUCGGGGAGGGAUUGAAGCGCCGUCAGGACAGCAGCGCCAGGGGAAUCAUCACGGUCGCUCGCCCAGCGAGGAAUACAACUACCAGUCGCCAAAGGAAAGGCGUCGGUCUUCGGUGCAGGUGGACUUGUUGAUCCGGGAUAGAGUGCUUCAGAGCCUGGAAGCUACCGCUCAGCGCGAGAAGGAGUUGAAUAAGGAUUCGCAGGAGAAGAGCAAGAAGUUCAAGAGGCCGUUUUCGGGCCUUUUCCAGUCAUCGAAAACGUCGUCCAAGGAACAGCAGUCGACAACUAUCCCUGGAUCCCCAGACAACAACAAGUCGUGGUUGAAGAAACUGCAGCUCGGACAGGACUCGAGUGAUGAGUCAUCAGAGGAGCGAACGUGGUCAGCGGCGCCGGUGGUGAGAAGGAGCGAGGGAGUGGAUGGGUCGGCGACCGCCAGGACUGAGCUAGUGGCGACAGAUGGCCAGCCCGUGACAGGGACAGGACCAAAGUCAUCGAGCAAUAGCAACCGGAAUAGUAGCGGCCAUGGCGUCUUUGCAAAGUUCAAGCAGGCUGUGAAAAACCUUUGA